UGUGCGAAUAUUCGAUUUUUCCGAAUAUUCGAACGAAUAGUACAUUAUUCGGUAUUCGCUUCGAUCCGAAUUCCGAUAUUCGUAAAAGUUCGAAGUAUUCGGCACUAACGAAUAGCGGAAGGAAGGCCGAUUGUAUCUGGUAGUUUCGGUUUCGGUUGUUACUCACGAAAGCCGCAUCGGCAUCAAGAAAUAAAAAAUAUCCAAUCCAAUCCAAGACAUGCUAAACCGAUCAGAAAAUCGUGUGUCGCAGCCGUCGCAGCUCCACAAAGGAUUCCGAAGUGUGCUCGCUCUAGGUGCUGCGUGUUCGUUCGUAUGGCUGACGGGUCAUCGACGGCAGCCGGGAACGAUGAAAGUGAAGCCGGUGCGUAUCGAAAUCCGAUAUGGAACUACUUCUUGAAAGUGCCACCGGGAAAUGAAGCUCGGUGCCUCAAAUGCAAGGCAGUGCUGAAAACUCCACCGGGUACGACAACGACCCUCGCAACGCACCUGAAAAGGCACCCUGAUUCGUACAAGACUUUCGAAUGUGAGCGUCAAGCACGCGGGAGUGCCGUCAAACACAAGAACGGAAGUAAACCGAAUCAUCAGCAACCGUCGGUAGCCGACAGUUUCAAGCCCAAACUGAAACCGACUGCACCCAAAGCGAAACAAAUGACGGCGAUAAUAGCGAACUUCAUUGCUAGCGGAAUGCAUCCGUACAGCAUCGUAGAAGAAAGUGGUUUCAUUGAAAUGAUGAAGCUUGCCAUGCCCGACUACACCGUGCCAUCGCGGACGACCUUCUCGCGGGUUGUCAUCCCGGAUCUGUACGAGUCCAAAAAGAAAGAACUAAGAAAGAGUCUGCGAGAUAUUUUCAGUAGCGGAGCAGAAUGUUACUCCAUCACGACGGAUGGCUGGACCUCGCGCGCAAACAAUAGCUACGUCUCCGUGACUUGCCACGUGAUGGACGAAGAAUUUGGACAGCACGUGCACGCUUUGGCUUGUACGGACAUGACGGACUCCCACACGGCCGAAAACCUGGAACAGUUCAUCAAAAGUGCUAUCGAGGACUGGGAACUACCAGCGCCAGGCACCAUGCCGAUUUAUGUAGUCACGGACAACGCUAGGAAUUUCACCUCAGCGUUUGCACGGUCACCGUGGUCUGGCGUGCAGUGCUUCGGACACACACUCCAGCUGUGCAUCACCAACGCCAAAAAAGAAGUGGCGGGUUUCUCGCAGUUAUGUGCGAAAGCUAGAACCAUUGUGGCUCGAUAUAAAAGGAGUGCAAAGGCCCGCGGGCGCCUUAUGGAAAUCCAAAAGAACAUGAACCUUGAGCCACUUGUGCAAGAUGUUCCAACACGUUGGAAUAGUGAACACGCCAUGAUGAAGAGGCUUGUGAAGCUUCGCGUGCCCGUCAGUGUGGAGCUGUCGGAAUGUGACACAGUGGAACCUCUCAGUGCAAGUGAGUGGAGGCUUAUGGCUGCAGUAGUGCAGGUCUUGCAGCCUCUCGAGCAAGCCACAGCUGAGCUGUCUGGAGACAGCUAUCCGACCCUCUCCCAAGUGAUCCCCUUAUUAGAGCGCACCAAGGUUGUUCUCAGUCGACACUCUACCGAUGAAGCAGGAUCAGUUGCCUCAAGCCUCAUACAAAGCAUCAAGACACGAUUUCCAGAUGGGAAGAUGUGUCGCCUUCUAGCCUUGUCAAUGUUGGUGGACCCCAGGUACAAGGACGGGUGCUACACUAGAGAGGCAGAAAAAAAAUGGGCACGCACACUCCUGACAAAGGCCGUUGAGGAGAGCGCAUCAGUGGACGAGCCUAGUGAUGCAGCCGCCGAAACCAGCGGAGGCAUAGGAGACUCGUUAGGAGACACCCUGUGGGAUGUCUUCACCAGUCUUAGUUCUGACACGCACCAAAAGCCAGGCCACGAGUUCGCUACCGAGGCUAUUGAGUACCUGAAGACACCCCUCGUUGCGCGCACAGAAGACCCCUUGGCAUGGUGGAGGUGCAGGGGAAGACAUCUGUACCCAUCCCUGGUCCGUGUUGCCCGUAGGUAUCUCUCGAUACCAGCAACCCAGACUAGGAGUGAAAGGCUUUUCUCAAGCGCAGGAAGCAUCGUGAGCUGCAGGAGGGAGCUUCUCCUCCCUGAUCAUGUGCAGCAGCUCGUGUUCCUUCAUGAAAAUCACUGACUUUUCUUGUACUAAGUUUUGAUUUGUGCAUGAGCUUAAGUUUUGAUUUGUGGUUGCGUUGCAGUGAAAAUAAAUGGUCGGUGAAGUGACCACUGCAUAACUUUUGCUAAUAAUUUUUCGUACAACUAUUCGAAUUAUUCGCUUCGAAAAUAUUCGAAGCAAAUUACUAUUCGCUUCGAAUUCGCUUCGAACUAAAAAAACACUAUUCG